CAAAUAUUACUAAAUAAAUAAAAAAUGACUUCAAACGCUGAACUUGCUUGCGUCUACUCAGCCCUUAUUUUGGCCGAUGACGAUAUUGCCAUCACUGGUGAAAAAAUCCAGACCAUCUUGAAAGCCGCCAAUGUAGAAAUCGAACCCUACUGGCCAGGUCUUUUCGCCAAAGCCCUUGAAGGUGUAAAUAUCAAGGAACUCAUCACUAACAUUGGGUCUGGUGUAGGCGCAGCCCCAGCUGGAGCUCCUGCAGCAGCUGCACCAGCUGCCGCUGCCGCAGCUCCCGCCAAAGAGGAGAAAAAGAAGGAGUCCGAACCUGAAGAAUCUGAUGAUGAUAUGGGUCUUGGUCUCUUUGACUAAUAAUUGUACAAAGUUUUUUUAAACUUAAGAAAUAAACAAUUUUUUUUAAUUCUUUUUGUGUUACUUUUCAAUUACUCAAUUUCAGGAUUUCAGAAAUUACUUAAGGAUAAAUAUAUAUGCCUAGGUGUACAUAAUACUAAUAAUUCAAAAAAAUGUAUAUCAUUAUUACUCUAGAAAAAGCUUCCAGGCAAAAGGUAAAUAGUCAAAUUUCUAGAUAUUACAAUAUUUUGAUGAAAACUAAAUAUUUGUAAUCGAACAAUUAC